GGGGCCCUCAGGGGGAUGACAAGAGCCCCAGGAAGAGACUGGUGGGCGGGACAUCCACUCAGACUGACAGCUGGGCGUGUGCUGGGCGCCCUGGUCGGUGGGGGCUUCUCCCCGGAGCACACUGGGGAGACGGCCCUGUGCGGGGGCCUCACGGAGGCGUCUGCCCGCAGGGUGGUCAAGGAGGAGAUCUCGGCGGACAAUGCCAGGCUGCCCUGCUUCAACGGCCGCGUCGUCUCCUGGGGGGGCAUCGGGGACUCCCGGCCCCCCUCUUUCCACCCGAACGUGGCCAGCAGCCGUGACGGGAUGGACAACGAGACCGGCACCGAGUCCGUGGUCAGCCACCGGCGCGAGCGAGCCCGACGCCGGAACCGGGAGGAGGCCACCCGGGCCAACGGGCACCCGAGGGGGGACCGGCGGCGGGACCUGGGCUUGCCCCCCGACAGCGCCUCCACCCUGCUGAGCAGUGAGCUCGAGUCCAGCAGCUUCAUCGACUCUGAUGAGGAUGAUAACACAAGCCGGCUGAGCAGCUCCACGGAGCAGAGCACCUCGUCCCGACUCAUCCGGAAGCACAAGCGGCGGCGGCGGAAGCAGCGCCUGCGGCAGGCGGACCGCGCCUCGUCCUUCAGCAGCAUCACCGACUCCACCAUGUCCCUGAACAUCAUCACCGUCACGCUCAACAUGGAGAGACACCACUUCCUGGGCAUCAGCAUCGUGGGCCAGAGCAACGACCGGGGGGACGGCGGCAUCUACAUCGGCUCCAUCAUGAAGGGCGGGGCGGUGGCUGCCGACGGCCCUGAACCUGUCCCCCAGGUGAACGAUGUCAACUUUGAGAACAUGAGCAACGACGAUGCCGUGCGUGUGCUGCGGGAGAUUGUGUCCCAGACGGGGCCCAUCAAGCUGGAGGAGGCGCCGCUGACGGUGAAGAGCGACAUGGGCGCCGUGGUCCGGGCCAUGCAGCUGCCCGACUCGGGGCUGGAGAUCCGCGACCGCAUGUGGCUCAAGAUCACCAUCGCCAACGCCGUUAUCGGCGCGGACGUGGUGGACUGGCUGUACACGCACGUGGAGGGCUUCAAGGAGCGGCGCGAGGCGCGCAAGUACGCCAGCAGCAUGCUGAAGCGCGGCUUCCUGCGGCACACCGUGAACAAGGUCACCUUCUCCGAGCAGUGCUACUACGUCUUCGGGGACCUGUGCAGCAACCUGGAGGCCCUGAACCUCAACAGCGGCUCCAGCGGGGCCUCGGAUCAGGACACGUUGGCCCCGCUGCCCCACCCGGCUCCCUGGCCCCUGGGGCAGGGCUACCCCUAUCAGUACCCAGGGCCUCCGCCCUGCUUCCCGCCCGCGUACCAGGACCCUGGCUUCAGCUACGGCAGCGGCAGCGCUGGGAGUCAGCAGAGUGAAGCCCUGACAAAGGCGUACUCGGUGGUGGGCGGGCCGCCUGGGGGGCCCCCCGUCCGGGAGCUGGCCGCUGUCCCCCCAGAGCUGACAGGCAGCCGCCAGUCCUUCCAGAAGGCCAUGGGGAACCCCUGCGAGUUCUUCGUCGACAUCAUGUGACCGAGGACAGGAUGCCUUCCUCCGAGCGGCCUUGCGGUGGGGGCACGGGGGUCCUGCUGUCCCCCAGGAGGCGCUGCAUCUGGAGCUUGUGUGGCCUCGCCUUAGCUGUGGCCGUCAGGGGUCAGGCAGCUUUCCACGUGCACCAGGGGCCGUGCUGUGGGUCUGGGCUGGACAGAGUGGGGGCAGGCUGGAGGGCUGGGGGGCGCGUGGCCCGAGCCCCCUUAUUUGGCCUCAGCAGCCCGUCUGUCCCUGGUCUGAGCAGCUGUGUCCAUGCGGACCCAGGGGGCCUCUGUGCUCAGGCGGAUCUGACCUGCCCGGUGGGUGGGCCUCAGGGACCCCCGUUUGCCCACAGCACUGCAUCCAGGUCCCCAGGCCAAGCUGAGAGGUGGCUGCUGGGCCUGGUCGCUAUGGUCACCCAGUGUGCAGGCCCUACGCCUCUUGCUCAGACUGGGGGGCCAUGUUGGGGGUGGACGGGAGCCCCCAGACCUCCCUGGCUGCCUGGGUCGGGGUGUAAUUUAUUUAUUUAUUUCUUGGCCUGAGCCCUGUGGGAGGUGGUGGCCAGGUCAGCCGCGCACCAGCUGGAGCAGAGCUGUACGUCCCCCCACCGCCGGGUCUCAGAGUGAACACGGAGACACGGAGUGUCUGAAAGUGGGGGGGCCAGUGAGGGGGAGACGGCAGGGGAACAUCUCAGCAGCGGGAGGAGUGGACUGUGGCCCACGGAUGCUCAGCUGCUGCAGGGACAGGUCUGGGGAGAGGGGCCAGCCCGCCCUCCUGCUGACCUCAGGUGACCCCUUCCUCCCCUCCCCCCCACACGCGCUUCCUCCCAGUGAACUGGCCUGCACGUGUCUGCAAUGUGGAUACUGUAUCGCGUCUGCGGUGUAGAUACUGUAUCGAGUCAGAGGUCGUCUGGAUAGUUAAUAGAGCUGCUUCUGUGUAAAUGCUAUUUUAAACACUAAAAAGCAUUUAAUUUUAUGGGA